AUGAGCAGCGACGGCGAGAUGGCGAUCUUCGGGCCUGCCGCCCAGUACCUUCGAAAGUCCGAAAAGGAACGAACGGAGGCGCAAGCCCGGCCCUUUGACAGCAAAACGGCUUGUUUUGUCAGCGAUGACAAGGAGGUGUACGUCAAGGCAACCAUCCAGGACAAGGCGGACGGAGAAGUCACCGCCAAGACGGAAGACGACAGGACUUUGACCGUGAAGGAAGACCAAGUGUUCCCGAUGAAUCCUCCCAAGUUCGACAAGAUCGAGGACAUGGUCAUGAUGACGCACCUCCAUGAACCGGCCGUGCUCUUCAACCUUAAGGAGCGCUAUGCUGCCUGGAUGAUAUAUACGUACUCUGGCCUUUUCUGCGUGACCGUCAACCCUUACAAGUGGCUGCCGGUCUACAAUCCCGAAGUGGUCCAGGCCUACCGAGGCAAGAAGAGGAUGGAGGUUCCGCCUCACAUCUUCGCCCUGUCUGAUAACGCCUAUCAGUUCAUGCUGACAGAUCGUGAAAACCAAUCUAUCCUUAUCACCGGAGAAUCUGGCGCAGGAAAGACGGUCAACACCAAGCGGGUUAUACAGUACUUUGCCACCAUUGCUGUGUCUGCAGACAAGAAGAAGGAGGCCAACAGCAAAAUGAAGGGAACGCUGGAGGACCAGAUUAUCCAGGCCAACCCUCUGCUGGAGGCCUUUGGGAAUGCCAAAACUGUGAGGAAUGACAACUCUUCUCGCUUUGGUAAAUUCAUCCGAAUACAUUUUGGCGCAUCUGGCAAAUUGGCUUCGGCAGAUAUCGAAACAUAUCUGCUGGAGAAGUCUAGAGUGUCCUUCCAGUUAGGGGCCGAGAGGAGCUAUCACAUCUUCUAUCAGCUGACCUGCAACAAGAAGCCGGAACUCAUCGAUCUGCUCCUUAUCACCACCAACCCUUACGACUUUGCCUUCAUCAGUCAUGGCGAGAUCAGCGUGAAAAGCAUAGACGACGCUGAGGAGUUAAUGGCUACAGAUGAGGCUUUCGACAUUCUGGGCUUCACGCUGGAUGAAAAGAUGUCCCUCUACAAGCUAACAGGAGCUGUAAUGCAUUACGGGAACAUGAAAUUCAAACAGAAACAGCGAGAGGAACAGGCAGAACCAGAUGGCACUGAAGAGGCUGACAAGGCAGCGUAUCUGAUGGGUCUGAACUCUGCUGACCUUCUGAAGAACCUCUGUUACCCACGCGUGAAGGUGGGCAACGAGUAUGUCACCAAGGGACAAAAUGUGCAGCAGGUGUACAACUCCAUUGGCGCUUUGGCCAAAUCUGUAUAUGAGAAGAUGUUUCUGUGGAUGGUGCAGCGCAUCAACCAACAGCUGGACACCAAGCAACCUAGGCAACACUUCAUCGGUGUUCUGGACAUUGCUGGAUUUGAAAUCUUUGAUUUCAACAGCAUGGAGCAGCUCUGCAUCAACUUUACCAACGAGAAGUUGCAGCAGUUCUUCAACCACCACAUGUUUGUGCUGGAGCAAGAAGAGUACAAGAAGGAAGGCAUAGACUGGGAGUUCAUUGACUUUGGCAUGGACCUAGCAGCUUGCAUCGAGCUCAUUGAGAAGCCGAUGGGCAUUUUCUCGAUCCUUGAGGAGGAGUGUAUGUUUCCCAAAUCAACCGAUGUUUCCUUCAAGAACAAACUUUACGACCAACAUCUUGGCAAGAACAGUUGCUUCCUAAAGCCCAAAGUGGUCAAGGGAAAGCCAGAAGCUCACUUCUCACUAAUGCACUAUGCCGGCAUGGUGGACUACAACAUCAGUGGCUGGUUGGAGAAGAAUAAGGACCCGUUGAAUGAAUCCGUGGUUCAGCUGUACCAGAAGUCGUCCGUCAAGAUCCUUGCAAUGCUUUAUGUCACUUUCUCUGGAACAGAUGAUGCACCAGCUGGAGGCAGCAAAAAAGGGUCCAAAAAGAAGGGAGCAUCCUUCCAAACUGUUUCAGCGUUAUUCAGGGAGAAUCUUGGGAAGCUUAUGACAAACCUGAGGACCACUCAUCCUCACUUUGUGAGAUGCCUCAUUCCAAAUGAGACAAAAACUCCUGGAAUAAUGGAGAACCACCUGGUCCUCCACCAGUUGCGCUGCAAUGGUGUACUGGAAGGUAUCCGUAUCUGCAGGAAAGGAUUUCCUAGCAGGAUUCUGUAUGGAGACUUCAAGCAAAGGUACAGGAUCCUUAAUGCCAGUGCUGUUCCAGAGGGACAGUUCAUGGAUAACAAGAAAGCAGCAGAGAAACUUCUGGGCUCCAUUGAUGUGGACCACACACAAUACAAGUUUGGACAUACCAAGGUGUUCUUUAAAGCUGGCUUGCUGGGCACUCUGGAGGAGAUGAGGGAUGAACGAUUAGCUCAGGUUGUGAAGUCCACUCAGGCUCUGUGCCGUGGGUUUCUGAUCAGACUAGAGUAUCAGAAAAUGAUGGCCAGGAGGGAGGCUAUCUACACCAUACAGUACAACUUCCGUUCUUUCAUGAAUGUCAAACACUGGCCAUGGAUGAAGCUCUACUUCAAGCUCAAGCCACUGCUUAAGAGCGCAGAAGCCGAAAAGGAAAUGGCCCAAUUGAAGGUGGACUUCACGAAGCUCAAAGAAGAUUUGUCCAAGUCAGAAAACCGACGGCGUGAGAUUGAAGAGAAAAUGGUCUCUGUUGUACAAGAACGGAAUGAUCUUCUUCUUCAAAUCCAGGCGGAGUCGGACAACUUGUUGGAUGCAGAGGAACGCUGUGAGGGCCUCAUAAAAAGCAAGAUCCAACUGGAGGCCAAGCUAAAUGAAGUGAUGGAGAGAUUGGAGGAUGAAGAAGAGCUGAACGCCGAGCUGACAGCAAAGAAGCGAAAGCUUGAAGAUGAGUGUUCAGAGCUCAAGCGGGAUAUUGAUGACUUGGAACUCACCUUAGCCAAAGUGGAGAAGGAGAAACACGCAGUGGAAAAUAAGGUGAAAAACCUGACUGAUGAGAUCAUGAGUCAGGAUGACAAUAUUACCAAAUUGUCGAAGGAGAAAAAAGCCCUGCAAGAAGCCCAUCAACAGACACUGGAUGAUCUGCAGGCUGAAGAAGAGAAGGUCAACAUCCUUAGCAAGGCCAAAGCCAAGUUAGAGCAGCAGGUUGACGAGUUGGAAGGUUCGCUGGAGCAGGAGAAAAAGAUCCGAAUGGACCAGGAGAGAGCCAAGAGAAAAUUGGAGGGUGAUCUCAAACUUUCCCUGGAGUCUAAUAUGGAUCUGGAAAAUGAGAAGCAGCAGUUGGACGAGAAGCUUAGAAAGAAAGAUUUUGAAGCUUCUCAGCUGCAGACAAAGGUUGAGGACGAACAAGCUCUUGGUUCACAGCUGCAGAAGAAAAUCAAAGAGAUCCAGGCCCGAUCUGAAGAGCUUGAGGAGGAAAUAGAGGCUGAGCGUGCCGCUCGAGCCAAAGUAGAGAAACAGAGAUCAGAUAUAUCUCGCGAGCUUGAGGACAUCACAGAGAGGCUGGAGGAGGCCGGAGCAUCCACCGCCACUCAGGUGGAAGCCAACAAGAAGCAGGAGGUUGAGUUUCUCAAGCUGCGUAGAGAGCUGGAGGAGCGGUCGCUACAGCAUGAGGCCACUUCCGCCGCCCUGCGCAAGAAGCACGCAGACAGCGUGGCUGAGCUGGGGGAACAACUAGACAACAUCCAGCGGGUCCGCCAAAAGUUGGACAAGGAAAAGAGCGAGCUACGUCUGGAGAUGGAUGAUCUGUCGAGUAACCUGGAGAGUGUAGCAAAAGCCAAGGUUAAUUUGGAGAAAAUGUGCCGCUCACUUGAAGAUCAACUUAGCGAGAUUAAAGCCAAAGAGGAGGAGCAGCAGAAGUUACUGAACGACAUGUCCAGCCAAAACACUCGACUGCAGACUGAAAAUGUCGAAAUGUCUCGACAACUCGAGGAGAAAGAAGCACUUCUGUCUCAGCUCACUCGAGGAAAGCAAAGCUUCCUCCAGCAGAUUGAUGAACUGAAAAGACAUAAUGAGGAAGAGGUGAAGGCAAAGAACGCCCUGGCCCAUGGUUUGCAGUCCACGCAACACGACUGCGAACUUCUGAGGGAACAGUACGAGGAAGAGCAGGAGGCCAAGGCUGAGCUUCAUCGCUGCCUCUCCAAGGCCAACAGCGACGUGGCCCAGUGGAGAAACAAAUACGAGACGGAUGCUAUCCAGCGCAAUGAAGAGCUGGAGGAAGCCAAGAAGAAGCUGGCAUUGCGUUUGCAGGAAGCAGAGGAAGCUGUAGAGGCCGUCAACUCCAAAUGUUCAUCUCUGGAGAAGACAAAGCAGCGGUUGCAGGGAGAAGUGGAGGACUUGAUGAUGGAUAUAGAGAGGUCCAACGCUGCUGCCGCCACCUUGGACAAAAAGCAAAGGAACUUUGAUAAGGUUUUAGCUGAAUGGAAGCAAAAAUACGAGGAAGGUCAGACAGAACUGGAGUCAGCACUGAAAGAAGUCCGCUCUUUGGGUACCGAGAACUUCAAGAUGAAGAAUGCCUUUGAAGAAUGCCUGGAACAACUGGAGACCUACAAGCGCGAAAACAAGAACCUUCAACAGGAGAUUGUAGAUAUCACUGAGCAGCUGGGAGAAAUGGGAAAAAACAUCCAUGAGCUAGAAAAAUGCAAGAAACAGGCCGAGCAGGAAAAGUUGGAGGCCCAAACAUCUCUGGAGGAAGCCGAGGCCUCCCUGGAACACGAGGAGUCCAAGAUUCUACGGGUCCAACUAGAGCUCAACCUGGUAAAGAGCGAAGUGGACAAGAAGAUAGCAGAGAAGGACGAAGAGCUCGAUCAGAUGAAGAGAAACAGCCAAAGGAUCAUUGACUCCAUCCAAAGCAACCUGGAUGCUGAGGUGAGGAGCAGAAAUGACGCACUGAGAGUUAAGAAGAAAAUGGAGGGAGACCUCAACGAGAUGGAGAUCCAGCUCAGCCAUGCCAACAGGCAGGCGGCUGAGGCUCAGAAACAGCUGAGGAAUGUGCAAACUCAGCUAAAAGAAGUCCAAAUUCAGCUGGAUGAUGUCCUACGGAGCAACGACGACAUGAAGGAACAAGUAACUAUGGCUGAGCGCAGAAGCAACUUGGUGCAGUCGGAAAUGGAAGAAAUCCGAGCCGCCCUGGAACAAACAGAGAGGAGCCGCAAAUUGGCUGAGCAGGAGCUGCUGGAUGCUGGCGAGAGAGUACAGCUGCUCCACUCACAGAAUACCAGUCUGCUAAACAGCCGCAAAAAGUUGGAGGCUGACCUGUCUCAGAUUCAAGGUGAGAUGGACGACAGCGUACAGACAGCCCGGAAUGCAGAAGACAAGGCCAAGAAGGCCAUCACUGAUGCUGCUAUGAUGGCCGAGGAGCUAAAAAAGGAACAAGACACCAGCGCUCACCUGGAGAGGAUGAAGAAGAACCUGGAGACCACCGUCAAGGACCUGCAGCAGCGUCUGGACGAGGCUGAGAGCCUCGCCAUGAAGGGCGGGAAGAAGCAGCUACAAAAACUGGAAGCGAGGGUGCGGGAGCUGGAAAACGAGCUGGAGACGGAGCAAAGACACGGCUCCGACGCUGUAAAAGGGGCACGCAAACUGGAACGCAAGAUUAAGGAACUCACCUAUCAGUCAGAGGAAGAAAAGAAGACAGCCAUGAGGCUGCAGGAGCUGGUAGACAAACUCCAGGUAAAGGUCAAAGUGUAUAAGCGGCAGGCUGAAGAAGCGGAGGAGCAAGCCAACGCAUAUAUGACCAAACUGAGAAAGGUGCAGCACGAGCUGGAGGAGGCAGAAGAGCGAGCAGACAUCGCCGAGUCUCAAGUCAAUAAGAUGAAAGUCAAGAAUCGGGACAUGGCAAAGAGUAAAGAUAGCGGGGAGUAA